AUGGACUUUGGCCACAGCGGCGUGCUCAACGAAGAUGGAAUCCACGUCGACAUGGAUCGCCUGAAGAAGGGCGAAGUCAACUUGGGAACCUCCAUCAUGGCAGUCACCUUCAAAGACGGCGUCAUUCUCGGCGCCGAUUCUCGGACAACGACGGGCGCCUACAUUGCGAACCGCGUGACGGACAAGCUGACGAGGGUUCACGACACUAUCUGGUGCUGCCGAUCGGGCUCGGCCGCCGACACACAGGCCGUGGCAGACAUUGUGCAGUACCAGCUGGGGCUGUUUGCCAUGCACAGCGGCAAGCCCCCCAUGACGCAGACUGCGGCGUCGAUAUUCCAAGAGAUUUGCUACUCCAACAAGGAUCGCUUGUCGGCUGGUCUGAUUAUCGCUGGUUGGGAUGAACGGUUCGGCGGCCAGGUCUACUCGAUCCCCCUUGGCGGCUCGCUACACAAGCAGGCGUACGCGAUCGGCGGCUCCGGGUCGACCUACAUCUAUGGCUAUUGCGACGCCAACUGGAAAGAAGGAAUGGAGCAGGCCGAAGCCGUCGACUUUGUCAAGGGGGCGCUCCGGGAGGCCAUCAAGUGGGACGGCAGCUCGGGCGGUGUCAUUCGCAUGGUGGUCAUGACCAAGGACGGCGCGGACAGGCACUUGUACUUGCCCGACACGGACUACAAGGUGCGGCAGUAA